CAUUCUGCAAAUGUCUAAACGCUUAGUUGUCAGUUUAUCUGUUAACUAUAAAAACUCCUGCAGCAAAUUAAUGGAUGACGACCCGAUGACGCGUCUGAAGACGGAGGUUUAAAGCGUUUUAUGUAUUUUUUCCAAGACUCGAGCGAGCGGUUCGCUGGCUCCACCCUCGCUCAGUCAGCCGGUCUGCUCUACUACGUGUUAGGACCGGAGCCUUUAAGUUACAAGCAUCCCGGGGAGAGGAGGAAAAGUGCUCCCCGGCGCUCGUCUGGAGACGUGGAGUCCUUCAGCAGCCGAACUGUAGAUUCCGACCCUGUCGUUUUUAGUGGAAACCGUUUCUCUGCAAACACGGGCUUCUUCUGCGUUGUGCCACUUGGAUUAAGUUCUACAUGGAAACUAAUGAUAUCUGAACCGGACAGGGAGGAGGUGGGUGUCGGAUACGAGCCCGUGUCUUUUCUCCGCUUGUUCUUUCACGCACGGAGCUCGGAAUAAAAGGCGACACUUUGACUUUGGCCGAAGUUGAAGGAAGCAGAACCGCGAGUUUGGAGCGGCCGCCGCUGCGCAAUCCGGGUCUCAUUCAAGGAUUUUAACGGUUUAAUCCGCGAAGAAAGCGCAAGUAUUUAAGACAGCUGCAUAAUAUUAGUGCAAUUAUGGCGCUGAAGGCCAAAGUUCUGUAUGAUUUCCACUCUGAAAACCAAGGGGAGAUCUCCAUAACGGAGAACGAGCUGGUGACUCUGUUCAGUGAGGAGGAGCUGGAGGGCUGGCUGGAGGGGGAGAACAGCAGGGGGGAGACCGGCCUCUUCCCUGCCUCAUACGUUGAGAUCAUCAGGGACCACAUCACCACCAAUACCAACAACAACAGCUUCUCGUCGCCCAAAACCAGAGCCGUGCCUGCCACCCAGUCCGCCCAGCGAGGACUGGGAGCCGGCAGCGGCGGCAGCAGCUUCAACACCAGUCAGGGCAGCGACGACGACUGGGACGACGACUGGGACGAAGGUUCUGCCGCCGCCGACGUGCCUCGGGGCCUCGGCAGCUCGCCCCCGCUGUACCCGGUGACCACCUCCCUGCCGGGGCGGCGCGGCAGCUCCCAGCAGGCCAAGGGCUCGGCCACGGUGGGGAGGAACCUCAACAGGUUCUCCACCUUCGUCAAGUCCGGCGGCGAGGCCUUCCUGCUGGGCGAGGCCUCGGCCUUCGUCAGAGACGGGGACCGGAUCUGCGUGGUGAUGGGGAAGCACGGGCCCGAGUGGCAGGAGGACCCGUACCCGUUCACGUGCACCAUCGACGACCCCACCAAGCAGACCAAGUUCAAAGGCAUGAAGAGCUACAUGUCGUACGGCCUGACUCCGACCCACACCAGCGUACAAGUCAACCGCAGGUACAAACACUUCGACUGGCUCUACGCUCGCCUCGUGGAGCGCUUCCCCGUCAUCUCGGUGCCGCACCUGCCGGAAAAGCAGGCCACGGGGCGCUUCGAGGAGGACUUCAUCUCCAAGCGGAGGAAGGGCCUGAUCUGGUGGAUGAACCACAUGAGCAGCCACCCCGUGCUGGCGCGCUGUGACGUCUUCCAGCACUUCCUAACGUGCGGGGCGGAUGAGAAGGCGUGGAAGCAAGGCAAGCGGAAGGCGGAGAGGGACGAGCUGGUCGGAGCUAACUUCUUCCUCACCAUCAGCACGCCCGCCGUGCCUCUGGACCUGCAGGAGGUCGAGAGCAAGAUCGAAGGCUUCAAGACCUUCACCAGGAAGAUGGACGAGAACAUCGUGGUGGUGAACGCCACCAUCAACGAGUUCGCACGCAAGCAGAUGGCGGGCUUCAAGAAGGAGUACCAGAAGGUGGGCCAGUCCUUCAGGAUCCUGGCGCAGGCCUUCGAGCUGGACCAGCAGGCCUACUCGGUGGGUCUGAACAAGGCCAUCGCCUACACCGGCGAGGCCUACGACGCAGUAGGAGACUACUUUGCUGAGCAGCCACGCCACGACCUGGAUCCCAUAUCGGACCUGCUGGACCUCUACAGGGGACACCUGUCCAAUUUCCCUGACAUCAUCCAUGUACAGAAAGGUGCACUGACGAAGGUCAAAGACUGCUCGAAACAGGAGACCGAACUCCACGACCGCUGCAACAUCAUUUCCUGCGCGACGCUGGCCGAGAUCCAGCACUUCCACCGCACGCGCGUACGGGACUUCCGCCUGCAGAUGCAGCAGCACCUGCGGCAGCAGAUCGGCUUCUUCCAGAAAAUCACCGCCAAGCUGGAGGACGCGCUGCAAAGGUACGAGGACGACCGCUAGGAACACGGGAGACGGGAGGAGCCGGACGGGAGACGAGGCGGGAGAACACGGGCCACUGAACCCUCUGAGACUUGAACCGGGCCCUCGUGUUCCGCUCGGUGGAACACGAGGGCCACCGGACUGUGAAAUGACAACUGCUUUGAUUGUGGGCAGCUCUGAUGAAUGUACCAGCAGCACGCUUUUUCCAGACGCCCGCAGCACACGAGCUCAGCAGGACUCGCUGGAGAUAUUAAAAGCAGCUGCUCGGCGCCAGCGUCGCUUCCCGCUUUCAGGGCCGUGUGAUCUCGCCAUGCCUCCGCUGACUCAUCACUUCAUAAAAACCCCAGGGUAACAAGCUCACAAUGAGACGAUCACUUCAGCUGGAUGAUUAAACCUUCAUGAUUAAGACUUAAGUUGAUUCAAAUGCAUGAAUUACCGGCUCAGUAUUAUUUGAUGGCGUGAAUGUGGGCUUGCGAUGCUCCUUUCAUUCUGUAGCUGUUAUCAGUGAUUGUUGCAUCUAACGUCACUCACACACCUCCUUUGUUGUCACAUCACUACUAUAUUGCUUUGUAUUUUAGUCCAUGCAGUGACCCACUUAAAACAAUAAUGUACUAAAUUGAGACAUAGUCACGUUUAUGUUCUAAAACCUGCUGUCGCCAUCUGUCAUCCAGUUUCCUUGAGUUCAGAGGCGACAGGAAUAAAACUCGUGAGCACAGA